AUGAGGCUGCCCAGCGAUGGUUCAGUCUAUGAUUUUAUUGUCGUGGGCGCUGGCGCUGCGGGCUGCACGUUGGCCGCGCGUCUUAGCGAGAAUCGCGCAUGGCGCGUCGCUUUGCUGGAGGCGGGCGGCGUGGAGAACAUAGCACAUCUGACGCCAGUGCUGGCGGCGCAGCUGCAGCAAACCGCAUCCAAUUGGAAUUAUCAGUCAGUGCCGCAAGCUGGCGCCUGCUGGGGCAUGCAACAGCAGCAAUGCGCGCUGCCGCGUGGCAAACUCUUGGGCGGCACCAGCUCCAUCAACUAUAUGAUCUACAAUCGCGGCAAUCGGCGCGACUUUGAUGCGUGGGCGCAGCUUGGCAACGUCGGCUGGAGCUACAAGGAGCUGCUGCCCUAUUUUCUGCGCAGCGAGUCCGCCCAGCUGCAGGGCCUGGAGCAGUCGCCGUAUCACAACCACAGCGGUCCACUCAGUGUGGAGUACGUCAAGUAUCGCAGCAGCAUGGCGCAUGCCUUUGUGGCCGCUGCUCAGCAGGCGGGACAUGCCCACACGGACUACAAUGGCGAGUCCCAGCUGGGCGUGUCCUAUGUCCAGGCCACCACCAUGAACGGACGCAGGCAUAGCGCCUAUCGCGCCUAUAUCGAACCCAUUGAGCGCCGGCGUAGCAAUUUGCACAUUUUUACGCUUGCGCGUGUCACUCGCCUGCUCAUAGAUGGCGCCACCAACUCCGCCUAUGGCAUAGAGUUUAGCUAUAGAAAGCGUUUAUAUCGCUUCAAAGCCAGCAAGGAAGUUAUUUUGUCCGCAGGCGCCUUCAAUUCGCCGCAGCUGCUCAUGCUCUCGGGCAUUGGCCCGGCGGAGAAUCUGCAGGCCAUAGGCGUGCCGCUCGUCCAGGCGCUGCCCGUGGGCCAGAUGCUCUAUGAUCACAUGUGCCACUUUGGACCCACCAUUGUCACCAAUACCACAGGCCAAACGCUUUACACCAAUCGCGUUAGUUUGAACGAUCUGCUCGCUUUUUAUUUGGCCGGCAGUCCCAGCACCAUGCUUAGCUCCAUUGGCGGCGUUGAGGCUUUGGCUUUUCUGAAGCUAGCGCGCUCUGAGCUGCCCCCAGAUUGGCCCGAUAUUGAGCUCAUCAUGGUCGGCGGCAGCUUGGCCAGCGAUGAGGGCACGGCGCUCAAGCUGGGCGCCAAUUUCAAACAGAUUAUCUAUGAUCAGCUCUAUAAGCCGCUGCAGCUGGCGCAACAAGAUCAUUUUACGCUCUUGGUCAUGCAAUUUCAUCCCAAGUCUGUGGGUCGCCUCUGGCUGCACAAUCGCAAUCCCUUCACUUGGCCUAAAAUCGAUCCCAAGUACUUCAUAGCCGAGGAGGAUGUGGAAUAUUUGUUGGAUGGCAUUAAGGAAGCGCUGCGUAUCAUUCAAAUGCCCGCUCUCCAGGCCAUAGGCGCCAGAUUGUUGCCACGUGCCACGCCCGGAUGUGAGGGCUACAAGUUCGCCUCGGAUGAUUAUUGGCGCUGCUCGAUUCGCACCUUGAGCUACACGCUGCAUCAUCAGGUGGCCACCUGUCGCAUGGGUCCAUCCAGCGAUCCCACUGCUGUGGUCAGUCCACAGCUGCGAGUCCAUGGCAUGCGCCGGCUGCGUGUGGUGGACACCAGCGUCAUCCCACUCCCACCCACCGCCCACACCAAUGCCGCCGCCUUUAUGAUCGGCGAAAAGGCCGCGGAUCUCAUACGAGGCGAUUGGCAUUGA